AGUUAGCACCGACCCAAAUGAGCAGGAAACAGGAAAUGUUCAGGUUUCAGGGAGGCUGAAGCCCAGCGCAGCAUCAUGCCCGGGCGGCGAGCUGACAGGAAGGCUCCCCGGGCUGCCCUCGCCUUUGCCCUGGUGAUCACGCUCCUUCCCACCAGCCAGGCUCGGGAAAAAAACAUGACAGUUCUGAAGACAGCAAAUGAAGACCCAUUGGCCAGUCCCUAUUUCUCUGAGGAAACAGAACAGUCAGCAGAAAUGCCCCUGGAAGAGGAAAACAGAGAUGAAGCUUUUCAUAUUCAAACUGCAUUUGUUGCCGUGACCACGGGAGCAUUCAUGGCAAAUUCAAGUUUUGGCGACAUUGAUGAGGAUGAAAAUCAGUUGGAGUUUGUAUUAAUGGUGUUGAUCCCACUGGUUUUAUUUGCUCUCUUAUUUUUAUCAGUGAUAAUCCUUGUAAUACGCUAUAAAAGAAAAAGGACCAAACAAGAGCCUUCCAGCCAAGGAUCUCAGAGUGCCUUACAGACGUGUGAACUGGGAAGUGAAAACAUCAAAGUCCCCAUUUUUGAGGAAGACACGCCCUCUGUUAUGGAAAUCGAAAUGGAAGAGCUUGACAAGUGGAUGAACAGCAUGAAUAGGAAUGCUGACUGUGAAUGUUUACCUACUUUAAAGGAAGAAAAGGAAUCAAACCACAACCCAAGUGACAAUGAAUCCUGAAACUGAAUGGUGCUAAUGUUUUCCAAGAGAAGCAGCCCCGGAGGGAGCCCGCCGAGCCUGCCAACAGAGGGUGAAGAGGAUGCGAAUUUAAUUAAUUUCAAAUCGACGUAGACACGAGAACCUUUUGCUGUUUCUUCCAACGCCCACUCUUCCUAAUGAUGGCAUCACCUGUCCUUGGAAGAAUGCACGAUUGAGAAGCACUGGGAAGAGGCUUGGCUGCCGUCCAGGGUGGCCUCUGAGGAAAGGAGGAGCCACGUGGUCUUCACCUCUCAUCAGGGCCACUUCCCUCCUCUGGGCCAGCCUUCACGCUGCCUGUAUUCAUUCUGGCCAGCUCUCUCGGUCUUUGUUAUCUUUCUGCUUCGUUCCUUGGAGUUUAAAUCAGGAAGCUGUUUCAUAUAUGGCUUCCUUCUGGGUCACCUUAUUACCUAAUUAGCUCUGGAUAAUUUCCUCUGAUUAGUCAAGUCCUCUGAUAGGUCAUCUGCGUUCGGCAGGAACUUUCCUCCAGGCGAGUUACAUCAUGGAAAAGACAGAAAACAAAGCGAGUGUUUCACUGUACACAUCAUCCCAGGGGCUCGGUAAGCUCAUCUACCUGCCCAGAAGGUGUACUGAGAGAGUCCACCGUCCAAAGGAGAUGCUGUUUGGUGCCUUGUGGACUCUGAGCUGACCAGACCCCUUGGGACCUUCUCAGAGGAACAGGAAUCUUCAGUGAGAGAGCAAAGUGAUUUCCUUCUCAGCUAAAAUCACCUGCUUGUUCACGUUUCCCAAAGCGCAUUCUUGCUCUCACCACACCUCCCUUGCCCGUGGUAUGUGAAUAGGACACGUGCACAGGGGGAUCGGCUGUCAGCCUUCUAUGUUUCUGAGAUCUUUACGGUCAUUUGAAACAAACAGAAUAGGAAUAGGAAACACCUGCGUGUGUGGCUGAUUUCACUCAGUGCACUUUCCGGUCAAGCUGGGACAAGCCCCGCAUCCUUCUCGAUGCAGCUGUCCAGGAGGCCACUAUCAGUCCAUCAGAGAGGACAUUCUCCACCGUCUUUGGUGACACCCUUUACAAGAAGCAAUGGUGCAGAGGGCAGAAGGGCCUGCUUUCAUUCCCAUUCACGUACAAUCAAUCCUCAUUUCAUCCUGAAUUUUCUACUCCUGACCUUUAAAGCAGUCUAGCACACUGGGAGUCCUCAGGUCUUCUACAACAGCUAUUUUAUUCCAGGAAAGAAGUAAAGAAUGAAAACUUUAUUUAUUUUCCUCUCUACAUAUAAACUGAGGAGAGAUGAGGUUCACCAAACAUUUGAUGCUGAUUUUGGGGUCUUGAAAGUCUGCCUUAAUGUGUAACAAAAACUGCCCCUCUCCUCCCUUUUGGAUCCUUCUGGCAUACACGCCUUCUGAACUGUGCCCAUAGUUUUAAAGGCAGAGUUCCAAAGCCAGGGAGAUCUUUCCACACAAUGAAAGAAAACUAUCUGGUUGUGUUUAACCACUGCUAUUCUGCUAUCCUGAGACUUCACAGAGCUUUGGUAAAAGAGUCUUCGUGGUAUAUAAUUUCAACAGAUUUGUCUGUCAUAGUCUCCUUAGCACAUCCUAAUAUGGCAUUUUUGAAGAACUUCUGUUCUGCACAUUCAUAUUCCACUGUGGUCCACAAUGACUCCCAGAUAUUUAUGCCAAAAUUGCCAUUUUUCUGAAUCAUCGUUUCUGCCUAUUUUGUUGCUUUGUUUCUUCUCAACAUUUUGGCUCUCAGAAGAGUCUCAGAUUGCUUCUUUCUCUCUCCAGGUAUCCAAGAUUUUUGGUGAACACGGAGGCUUGUAAAUUUUAUCCAAGACUAUCACAUACUGUGACUUUAGAAGUUUAGAGAUCCAGAAGGGGUCUUGGAAUCUCAUGUUGAUGAAACAAUAUUUUAUGAUAUGAUAAAAAUAUUCUCAUUCGGUAUUUAAAAUCAUGUCAAAUUCCAGAAGAAGCAAGUUUCAGCAGCAUGUCAUUCAAUUUAUGUCUGAAAAAUGUACCAACCUCUAUAACUGCACAGUAUAGAAACCAUUUUUUUAAAGGUAGUUUUUUCUGGCAAGAUGUAUGAACCAAAGCAGUGAAGGGUCAAUCCUAGCACCCUAUAUCUUGUGUUACUGUUCAAUCAAUAGGUAUCAUAUAUUUAUGAUAAUUUUAAGACUUGCUUUUAAACUCAAAGUUAAUUUUAUGUUUCAGAUUAUUGUUUGUAAACAUCUAACAAAUUUUCUCUUAAUUGGCUAGCCAAUCAGAACAAAAUCUGACUUCAGAAUAUUUUAAAGAUAUGUUAAGUGUCACUGCAUGUUUUGGACAUUUUAAGCAAACCAGGUUAACAAUAUUGUCGAGCCAAACUUCUCAGGAAACUUGUUUUAAUAAAUAUGUAAGAAUAUCAACCUGUUACCCUUAA